AUGAACGACACAGUAACUAUCCGGACCAGGAAGUUCAUGACCAACCGACUUCAGCAGAAAUGAAUGGUCACUGAUGUCCCUCAUCCUGGAGAGGCAACAGGACUGAAGAUAGAGAUUUGGGAAAAGCCAGAUAAAAUGUACAAGACUACACUAGAUGUCAUCUUUGCGUUUGGAGCCAGAGCCAUUUUGGGGGGGAGCGAUGGUGUGAUUUACAAUUCCUUGGAUCAUGCAGAGAAAAACAAAUCCAAACAUAGACCUGCAAGACACGUCCUGGAUGAGAAGAAAAAGGCCUCAAGCAAACUGUGGGAGGAACACAAGCACAGAGAGAGCAAAGUCAGGGGGACUGCAAAGGCCGGUGCUGGUGCUGGCAAAAAGGUCGAGUAAAAAUUCUGCAGUGACUGUGCAGAUUUUUAAAGAGAAGAUUAAUAAACUGUAAAAACUUGAAAACACAGGAUCUAGUC